UGGGCGUCAAUAUAAAGUGUUCUGCCCCACUCGUUACGUAGGUUAUAACACCUGUUGGAACCCAAAUGAAGAGCAAGUAGAUUUGUGAUGAGGAAUACACGUAUGUUCCAGUCAAAAGACAUCUCUUUUACGACAAAUAACAUAUUGUGGAAACCGUCAACAAAUACAAAAUGGUUAUCAAAGGAUGAAGUAAAUUUUGAGAGCGAAUUCUAUCACAGUCAGUUUAAACCAUUAUUUCAUCUGCUACGUCUACUGGGAGUGUUUCCAGUUGAAAUACCAAAGACAGGUACACCGAGAUUCUGCAUUUUGUCACCCGCCGUGGCCUACUCUGUGUGUCUUUACCUUCUGCUGAUGGUGUCAUUUUACUGCAACCUCCAGGAACGAAUGAUGGCUCUCCACGACAGCAGAAAUUUUGACUACAAAAUAUACAAUGUGUUACACGUGUCUAUAUCUGGAUCCUGCUUGGUAGUCCCCUUGAUUAUGGCAUUAGACUUGAAGAAGCUUGUUCUUUACACAGGCGAAUGGAUGCAAUAUCAGAUACUGUUCCGAAAAGUCACUGGGCAGCUGUUGGUACUGUCCGUUCGAAGGCGAUGUAUUUGCUACGCAGUUCUCAGCUGCUUGGGAGGAACUGCAACUAUCUUCUUUUACUUCUACGAACCAAGAGUUCCUUUAUUAGCCCUACCUAGUUAUAUGUUUUCAGGCAUAUUGGCGGAAAUUAUGGUUAGUUACUGGAUGAUCACUUUCCACAGCCUUGCGUUAGCGGGCAGCAAAUACGCGACAUGUUUCAAGAGUAAAUUAAAACAAGGAACCGUGUCUGCAGAGAUGAUAGGGGAGUACAGAAUUCUCUGGAUGCGUUUGAGUGAACUGGUGUCAGGAGCAGGUAAGAUCAUUUUUGUAUCACUCCGCCUUGUGACUUAA